UCAUGGGCCCCCCGGGCAAUAGGGGAUAAUGGGGCCCCUGUGUCCUUGCCCAAACUCAAAAAAGCCUAUGAAAAAGGGACAUCUCAUGGGGCCCCCUACUGACCCUGGGCCCUCGGGCACUGCCCGAACACCCAAAUGGUCAGUCCGCCCCUGAAUGGGGGGUGUGACUGGGAAAGAGAGAUGCAGAGCGGCAUCACCUGAGCCUGAAGAACUGGAUAAUGUGAUAGAGGGCCACAUGAGCCCCCUAGAGCAGGGGGGGGUUGCAAUUACAACUCCUGUAGCUACACAAGUGGUGUCACUCCUCUGGCAG